AUGCCGGCCGCUACAAACGACGUACCGGCCGUCGCCCUUUCCUUCGCCAACAACUUCUGGGGCAAGGAUGACGCCGGCGUCCAACCACUCCUGGAGCGCAUGCACAAUGCGAAGCAGACGUGCGAUGAGCUUCGCGCUUUCUACAGUGCGCGCGCAUCCCUUGAGGAUGAAUAUGCGAGGAAACUCAUGUCGCUUUCCCGCAAGUCGUUGGGAUCGCAAGAGUCAGGCACGCUGAAGACAUCCCUCGAUACCGUGCGCGGCGAGGUCGAGUCCAUGGCCAAGCAGCACCAGAACGUGGCUGCGCAGAUGAAGAGCGAGUUGGAAGAGCCACUGGCGGCGUUCGCUGGCGCCAUGAAGGAGCGGCGCAAGAUCGUACAGAACACGGUGGAGAAGCUGCUCAAGACCAAGAUGCAGCAGACUCAGUUGGUCAACAAGGUGCAGACGCGGGACCGGUACGAGCAAGAAUGCCUCAAGAUCAAGGGCUACCUCGCCCAGGGGCACAUGGUCAUGGGCCAGGAGGAGAGAAAGAACAAGGCCAAGCUGGAGAAGACACAGAUCAGCCUGGCAACGUCCAACGCCGAGUACGAGGCAGCCGUCAAGGCUCUGGAGGAGACGACCGCCCGCUGGAAUAGGGAAUGGAAGGCGGCCGCCGACAAGUUCCAGGACCUGGAGGAGGAGCGCCUCGACUUCACCAAGAGCAGCCUGUGGACGUUUGCCAACAUCGCCUCCACCGUCUGCGUCAGCGACGACGCAUCGUGCGAGAAGAUCCGCCUGUCGCUGGAGAAGAUGGAGGUCGAGAAGGACAUCACCACCUUCAUCAAGGAGAAGGGCACGGGCCAGGAGAUUCCGGACCCGCCCAAAUACAUCAACUUCUGUCGCGGAGACGUCGACUCGCAGUCGGAAGCGUCGGAAGACGAGCACUACUCGGUAGCACAGUUCCCGAGGAGCAUCAAUCCCGCCUUCCGCUCAUCCUCGCCCCAGCCGUCGACGUUCGAGUCUCACCACGACCCUAACUCGGCCUUGGCCCGGGACCUCGGCCACGGCGACCCCCAGACGCAGAUUCCGCAGAGCUUGGAGGCAGUUGCGACACCUCAAAAGGCCCUGACUCUGCCGCAACAGCAGGUCCAGCAGCAGCCUCAGCAGCCUCAGCAGUCUCAGCAGCAGCAGCAGUCACAGCAGGAGAGCCUGAGGUCAAGGAGGGGCCCGCCCAGGGGCUACCAGCCUCCGAAGGCCAGCAACUUGGAGUACGAUCCGAACGAGUUCGCCCCUGUUCCUCACGAUCCGUACCCCAUGGACGGCAUGACUAUGCUAUGCAGGCCUACCGCCUCGGACCUGAGCACCGCGCCCUCGACGUCCUCUGCGCGACCCUCUAGCAGAGAUUCGCACAGCGAGACGUCCUUCUCCAGCCAGGAGCCGCCACAGCCCGCGUCGCCCGCCAAGCAAGAGCAGCCCCCUUCUGCUGCAGCAUCUCCCGAUAAGAAGGUUCUUAAGAAGAAGAGCGGCUUUUUCCAGAACCACAGCCCCUUCCGACGGAAGAGCAUGAAGGAGGUGGCGCCGCCGAACAGGAACACGUGGACUCGCUGCUGCCCGAGCCAGAACCACCAGAUGAUUGCGGCCGAGCGGAGCGUCAGCCCCGAUCCAAUUGCAGCGAACGCAAGCCUCGCGCUGAACAUCGGGCAGAAUGUCUUCGCGGUCGAGACACCGGAGCGCCAGAAGCAGGCCGCGGCGCCAGCCACGCCGGAGGACGACCCGAUCGCGCUGGCCCUGGCCGAGCUGAAGGGAGUGACGACCGGCAGCAAGAAUGCGUCGACGAGAGUGUCUGCGGACCACUACCACGGUAUUGCUACCCCCGCCCCUGGCGCCAGCCCGUUGUCGCGUUCCGUGCCAGGUCCUGGAAAUAACAGCAUAGUAGCAGCCGCGAUGCGAGGCACGCCGCCGCCAUCCUACGACCAGCAGAUCCAGGUCCAGCGACUCGGGGUGCCCCCGCCGGCCGUGACCUCCAAGGCGAUGAAGGAGUCAUCGCAGAAGUUCCAGCAGCAGACCCGCAGCCUGUUCAGCUCGUCCACCGACAGACCAGGGUCCGGCGGCUACGGCAGUCCCAUGUCGCGCCCCGGCACGCGCCGAGGAAGCAGCGACGUGCCCCGCGCCGUGUCGCCGGCCGCCAACCGCAGCGUGUCCCCGCGGCCGGCAUCCCGCGCCAGCCCUUACACCCGCUCCGCGUCCCCGGGCCCCGCCGCCUACGCGGGCAGCCAGCGCGGCUCGGUCACGCAGCUCGCCAUGACGCCCAAGCGCGGCUCGGACGCGUACAACAACAACAACAACAACAACAACAGCAGCAGCUACCGCGGGGGCUCGCCGAACGAGAUGGCGCGCGCCGCUUCGCCGUCGCCCUACAGCCCUAGCCUCCGAGGCGGCGGUGCCGCCUCCCCGGCGCCCUACAGCCCCAGCCUCAGGGGAUCAGUUGGAGGAGGAGGAGGGGGGAGGGAAAACGAACAGCACCAUGCGCGCCCGUCGAGUAGCAUGGACAUGGCGGUGCAGCUUGCGCCGGCACCCAACAGCGGCAACACCGCGUAUGGACAGGGACAGGGACAGGGACAGGAUGACGGGUACGGCUCCAUACGCGGCCGACACAACCGAUCCAACACGGCGACCAGCAUGCGGGGGAUGAGCUUGUACGAAGGGGCCGGGCCGGUGCAGCCGGCCUCGAGGGCUCGGAGCAAGAGUGUCGCGGAUCCGAAUCGGUAUACCAGGGACGGGAGGCCCAUUCUGCAUUUUGCCCGAGCAUUGUACAUGUACCAGGCCGCCAUCCCGGAGGAGCUGGGAUUUGCCAAGGGUGAUAUCCUGGCGAUCCUGCGCCACCAGGACGACGGCUGGUGGGAGGCCACCGUGCAGGGCGGCAACGGGCAGGUUGGGCUGGUCCCGAGCAAUUAUUUGCAGCCUUGUUAG